AUGCCGGAGGACCGUGUUGUACAGGUGGUCUUGACAGCCCAGGCGCUGAGAAGGAGAGGAAGAGAGGGACUCAAAUGUCAUCACUGUCAGCACUGUGACAAAUCCUUCACAAAAUCUGGAAAUUUGAAGAUUCAUCAGAGAGUUCACACUGGAGAGAAACCGUACAGCUGUGACCAGUGUGGAAAAGCUUUCACUACAUCAGGUGACCUAAAAAUCCACCAACGUGUUCACACUGGAGAGAAACCGUACAGCUGUAACCAGUGUGGGAAAACGUUCACUCAAUCAGGUGACCUAAAAAAGCACCAACGUGUUCACACUGGAGAGAAACCAUACUGCUGUGAACAGUGUGGAAAAACCUUUGCUCGGUCAGGUACCCUAAAAAUCCACCAACGAGUUCACACCGGCGAGAAACUGUACAGCUGUGACCAGUGUGGGAAAACGUUCAUUACUGCAGGUCAACUAAAAAUUCACCAACGUGUUCACACUGGAGAAAAACCAUACCGGUGUGAACAGUGUGGAAAAACCUUUGCUCGAUCAGGUACCCUAAAAAUCCACCAACGUGUUCACACUGGAGAGAAACCGCACUGGUGUGAACAGUGUGGGAAAACCUUCACUCGAUCAGGUACCCUAGAAAAGCACCAACGUGUUCACACUGGAGAGAAACCGUACUGCUGUGAACAGUGUGGGAAAGCUUUCACUACACCAGGUUACCUAAAAAUCCACCAACGUGUUCACACGGGAGAGAAACCGUACUGGUGUGACCAGUGUGGAAAAACUUUCACUCAGUCAAAUAACCUAAAACUCCACCAACGUGUUCACACUGGAGAGAAACUGCACAGCUGUGAACAGUGUGGGAAAACUUUCAGGACAUCAUGGGAAGUACUAAUCCACCAACGUGUUCACACUGGAGAGACGCCGUACUGGUGUGAACAGUGUGGGAAAACUUUCAAGACAUCAGGUGCCCUAAAAACCCACCAACGUGUUCACACUGGAGAAAAACCGUAUUGGUGUGAACAGUGUGGGAAAACUUUUGCUCAAUCAGGUGCCCUAAAAAAGCACCAACGUGUUCACACUGGAGAGAAACCGUACAGGUGUGAACAGUGUGGGAAAACUUUCACUAUGUCAGGUAACCUAAAAAAGCACCAACGUGUUCACACUGGAGAGAAACCGUACUGCUGUGAACAGUGUGGGAAAACUUUCACUACACCAAGUUACCUAAAAAUCCACCACCGUGUUCACACGGGAGAGAAACCGUACUGGUGUGACCAGUGUGGAAAAGCUUUCACUCAAUCAAAUAACCUAAAACUCCACCAACGUGUUCACACUGGAGAGAAACUGCACAGCUGUGAACAGUGUGGGAAAACUUUCAGGACAUCAGGUAACCUAAAAACCCACCAACGUCUUCACAUUGGAGAAAAACCGUACGGUUGUGGCAUGUGUGGCAAAUUUUACACACACAGUAAAAUCCUUAAAAGACACAAAUGCAUUGACAAAGCAUCAUUGUGACAUUUUUCCCAGAGCCGAGCUAGCUGUUUCCUCCUGCCCUGAAUACCACCACCUGUUAUCAUGUGAUUGUGCUAGACUAACGUCAUGUGAUGACAGCUGAGGAAGUUUGAUUUGGAAAGAGCUGGAAAGCGUCAGUCCAGAGGUUUUAUCAGCCAAUAGCAAAAUGAAACUGCAGUACCCAGUAGAGGGCAGUCACUGCAUUUCAGAAUCAUCUUUACGGUCCGCCCGGAAAAGUGUAAAUCCCAGUAGGUGAAGUGCACUAUCCGCGAUGUGCUCGGUGAACCAGGACUCUGUAAAACAGAAGGCGGCAGAUCUGCAGAAGUCCGAGUUAGUUCUGUUGAGGAGAAGCAGUUGAUCCAUUUUGUUGGACAGAAUGAACCUCCACCUCCACUCCUGCCUCCUCCUCAUGCCCUGAUAGCUGUGUCGAUAGCUUCUCUACGAUCUGAGGGACAGACACCAGUAACUUUAUAUUCUGUGUUGUAUGUUAUUACAUACUGGCCUUCUGUAAUCUAACACUAUGUAGCCACGAGAUCACGCCACCCUCCCUCACCCCUCUGCUGGAGGGAGGGUCCUGGAAGAAGUAGGUCAGACUCAGUAAUGGGAUUGUAGCAAGAAACUUGUGUCUGAUAAGUUGUUUCUCCAUGUAACCACACUGCAACCUAGUGGCUACAGUUAAUGGGAUUCUUGUCAUCACUGCAUUUCUGUUAUUUAGGUGAGAUUAGUUUGAGUUAGUAUAUGUAGGAUCAAACUAACCGUUGAAUCUGCUACCGUUUUAUUAAUAGUGUUGAGUUUAUGCUUCUGAUAGUUCAGUAGUUAGGAAGUUUAUGGUUAAUGUUGUUUUAAAUCUGAGUUAGCUUAAAAGUGGUUCAGAGUCAGGCUACCUGUUUCUACUGAUUCAGUCUGUUUCCAUGAUUCUCACUACAAUUUUACUAUGAUUUCAUAAACUAUUUGAAUAUUAAUAUUUUUCUAGAACUACUUGCCAAGAGUUUUCUCUAUGAAUUGCUUGGUAAAGAAAAUGUAGUGACUCUGGCUGGAGGAUCUGACUGUCCAGCCAUGUGAGGGACGCAGGGAUAUUUCUGGUCCUGUUGAUUUAGCAGAGUCUGUCCUGGUCUGAAGUCAGAGGAUCAUGAGGUCAUCAUCCACACCUUGUACCUGUCGGCCCGAAGGGUUAAGAUUUCUCAUAAUUGUUGUGACUCUGUUCAUCAUGCUAACUUUGCUCCACCUCCACUAUACACAUUUUGAAAAACGAGGACUCAUUAAAACAUUGAUGAGAACAUGAGCCUCCUACAACUUUCUAGAUGAACAGAUUCAGACUCAGAGACAACAAGUUAGCAUGACCAAGAGAGUCCCAGAGGCCACAUUUAUGUCCUCACUAGUCAAAGUGCCACGUUGCCUCUUUCCACACCUGGUACUCUCUGACUCCCCAGAGGUCUGUGUUCUGUCCUGAUAACAAGAUGAAGAACAGGACUGACAGCAGUUAAAGACUCCUUUGUGUCUUUGGAUUCAGCUGGUUCCAAAAAAAAAAGGAGAAGCUGAACAUUUAUGCUUCUGAUAGUUAAGUAGUGAUGGUUCACGUUGUUUUAAAUCUGAGUUAGCUUUAAAUAACAUGUCUGAGAUGGAUGCUUGAUGUAAACCCUGUUAUUUUGUUGUAAUCACUAUUAAUUUGCCCAUAGUGAAGCGAAGUGUGUGACUGUGGUGACAUAUCACAUUAUAUAGUUCCAUAAAUGUAGAAGAAACCACAAAGACAGAUUAUUAGUUAUGAGGCGUACAACAGUUUGAACAUGAAAACCUUUCCUCCUCCUCCAGUAAGAGCCCUUUCUGACGGGGGUCCGGCCUCUUUCUCCUUUGUUUCUUCACCUCUUCUGUUUGUCUGCAUUAUUAUUUCAUUGUCUUCCCACGAGAAACAUGGCUUUGUCUGACUCAACACAUCGGCCACCACCACGUUCCAGUGAGCGCUCACCUCGCUGGGAGGCCGUGAACGUAGGUCUGAGGAAAGCUGAAUUAGUGAACUAGCGUUCAUUCCACUUUUUUAAUACAGCCAAACUGAAUAAUCAUUCCUCAAACACUUUAAAUGCAUUUAUUUGAAUCUGGUUUCAUGUCAUGUAACUCAUUAGCUCAUUAAAACCUAAUUUAUUGGCUUUAUUCCCUUGUUAAUCACAUUUAGCUGUAGAUAAAUGUUUCCUUUUGUCUGUGAAUAUUUCUUCAAAGCAGAAACUAAGGAUCAAAGUAUUGGGAAUUCACAGAUCAGUUAAUAAGACUGAUUUCUUUAAUUUCUCCUUUGAUUGAAGGUGGUGCCCCAGAAGAUGUUACAAGUGCAGAUAUUGAAUUUAAAGUAGGGAUCCUGCUACAUACAUCUAUAUUCAUUCAUUCUCUCUGUUUUUAUUUUCUGUUUCUGAAUGUGGUUUGGAAUCUGUCUUCUCUGUUCAGACUGAAAAUAAAGCCAAAUCUAGUCACUGUGUAAAGGCCUGGGACAUUUCAUCACUUUAAUACUCACAGUCUGUAGGUAUAGGAGAUGACUCAUUUAGUUUUUAGCCAGUGUGUGUAGAAAGAGGGAGUGCACCACAUUAUAGUUUAUACCAUCCUUAAGGCUUCCUGUGUGAUAUUCUGAGUAUUGGGUAAAUGAUGGAAAGUAAGUGCCUGCUGCUUCUUUGUUAUGUUUAGACAUGGGAUGCUGAUCCAGGAUGCAGACUGAGGUCCUCUAGUAGGGUGUUGCAAACUAUUCAAUGGGCAAGAUCAGGGUCAGAGUCUUUUCCUUAAGACACAUUUCUACAAAAAGAUUUCACUGAGAGGUUUUCUUUAUUUGCAUAUUGACUUUUUUAGUUUUUACACAUUGAUUUUUGUCGGCGCGGUGGUGCAGCUUCAAUGCUGUACAGUUUUAUUGCCAAUAAUAUUCAUUAGCUGUUUGUCUCGCAGAUAUAAACAACACAUUCUGUCCAUGUAGCAAGUACAAUCCAAUUACAUAUUUUAGAACUGACCAGGGAACACGUCACUUCUCUCUCUGUGAUUUAAUGAGCGCAUUGUUUGGUGCAGUACAGGUAUUAUAUGGUUGAACUUGCUUUGCAGUUUUUUGAGUGAAAGUAGAUGGAGCUGAUGUACCCCUUUUGUACCAGCAGGUGGC